AUGUCAUUAAACAUCAUCUUCAACAAUGAUAACAAUGUCAAUACCACCCUUAAUUUCAUCAUUAAGCUCAUAACAAUGUCAUCACUAACUCAAUUCAAUAUCAUCUAUCUUCAACAUAUAUUCACAAAAUCAAUCCCCACUCACAGCAAUAAUAUCACAAUUUAUUCACUCGUCAUCAACAAUAUACAAACCACAAGUUAUCCAACAAACAAAUUAAUUAGACAAAAAGGAAUGGUAGUAAAAGAGAGUUUACCAACAAUGGAGGAAGUGAGGCUUGGUGGUGAUGGUGGUGUUGAGUUGUUGUUGGAGUGUGGCAGAACGGAAGUAGAAGGGUAUGAGAGGGAAGUAUGUUGCGGAGGGAGUAAGUUCUGCUUGCAGAAUGUUGAAAGCGCAGUGGUCAGUGGUGGGAAAAGAUGA